AUGACGGGGUGGCUCCUGGCUGCACCGAGUUUUCCCUCAGCACGGAGGAGCAGCCAGCGGCUGGUUGUUGGUGCCGACUUGCUCCGGUCCAGCAGCAGCAGCAGCCCCGCUGACGGAAGCCUGGAGGGGGGAGGAGCUCCGCGGUGGUCCCCGCCCCUCUCAGAUAUGGCCCCGGGCAUGGGCAGAGUUCAUGCUGCAGAGGAUGGAGGACCAGCAAGUCCUCCUCCUAGCUUCCCCCCUGAGCAAGGGUCAGGGGAGUCGGAUUUCGAGGCCUGGGAGUGGGGCUCUGGAUCGUCUCUUCUGCACCUGCUCCACAGCUUCCCUGCUGACAGCCCCUUCACAACAGAGUCCUCAGAAAAGCCAGUCAACUGCACGCAGCGCUUCUGGCUCCCUCCAUCAUCUCCAAUCUGCUGGGAAAACAUAGCAGGACCCAAAGAGUUUGCCAGGUCUCGUCUGCUUGUUCUGCAGAACAGGGCCGCACUGCAGUCGGUGUCCACCUCCAGCGGGGUGGAGGAGGGAGGGCUGUCCUACGACCACCAAGCCAGAGAGGAGGUCCAGGGGAUCCGAUCAGACCACCAGAAAGUGACCGAAACUAUACAAAGCGUGGAGACCGUGUUUGUCUCUCUGGCAGAGAAGAGGAAAGAGGGCAAGGAGCGGGGUGUCUUUACAAGCAUGAAGGAGCGUCUCGCAAAUACGAGGGAUGCUCUCGAAGGCAGAGACCGCAUGGCUAACCACCUGGAGGAGAAGUUUUCCACUUUGGAGGCGACGCUUCUCAAUGUACAGCUUCGACUUAGAAAACUCAUCCAUCACUGACGAUGCUGGAAACCCCUUAUUUGAACUGUAUUUAUAUGAUAUGAAUGUCUCAUAACGAUGUAGCCCAUGCAUGCAUGCUCAGGAUGAGUGUAGUUUGUAAUGAGAACAAAACACACUUGAUUUGCACCUUAUUAUGUCACCAGCUCGUCUGCCAAAAUAAAACGUGUAACCAAUAAUAAGCAAAAAUGAAUAAAUGUCACAUUUUCUUGGA